AUGGGCGAGCCGCUUUCCAUCGCCGCCAGUAUCGCGGGCCUGAGCAGCCUUGCUUCAGAGUUAACUAAGGCAUGCUUCGCUUGCUACCGCGCUUACAAGAAAGCGCGUAAUGCACCUGAUACCAUCGAUAAGGUUAUCAGACAGUUGAGCCUUUUCCGUCGGCUGCUCGUUGACCUUGAAGACAUUUACAUCAUCAAAUCUGGGCCUCUGUCAUCUUUGGACAGUAUAGAGCGCGAGGUCAAAGAGUGUCAGUCUGAAAUAAAGAUGUUUCAGCAGAGCUUGAACUCUUCGCUUGGGGAUGGGCAUGGCAUGAAACUCCGGGUGAAGUUUUUGCUUAAAGAGGAGGAAAUCCAAGCCUUCCUCUGUAGUCUUCAAGUCUAUCAAUCGGCAUUCGAGUCUGCAAAAGCCAACGAUGGCUUGAGGAUUGCUAUGAGCACUCAACAAACGGUAGCCACGAUCGGAAUCGCCGUUCAAAGCAUACAGCAGGAGGCCAGCGCUGAGAAAGACAAAUUGCUGUCCGAUGAGGCGCUGAAGUGGCUUACCCCCUGGACUUUAUGCGGAGACAAGAAGAGCUUUAUCACCAUCGCCGUCACGAGGGCACUGGAACCUGGAUCUUGA